AUGAAGGAAAAAUCCAAGAACGCGGCAAAGACUAGACGGGAAAAAGAAAAUGGAGAAUUCUACGAACUGGCCAAACUCCUGCCCCUGCCCUCGGCCAUCACCUCUCAGCUGGACAAGGCGUCCAUCAUCCGCCUCACCACCAGCUACCUGAAAAUGCGAGCUGUCUUCCCCGAAGGUCUGGGCGACGCCUGGGGACAGCCGAGCAGGAUAGGGCCCUUGGAUAACGUGGCCAAGGAGCUCGGAUCCCAUCUGCUUCAGACUUUGGAUGGCUUUGUUUUUGUAGUAGCAUCAGAUGGCAAAAUAAUGUACAUCUCAGAAACAGCGUCUGUACAUCUUGGCUUAUCUCAGGUGGAGCUUACUGGUAAUAGCAUUUAUGAGUACAUACAUCCUUCUGAUCACGAUGAGAUGACAGCUGUUCUUACUGCUCACCAGCCUCUUCAUCCUCACCUCUUACAAGAAUAUGAAAUUGAGAGAUCAUUUUUCCUGAGAAUGAAGUGUGUUCUAGCCAAGAGGAAUGCAGGAUUGACGUGCAGUGGCUACAAGGUCAUCCACUGCAGUGGCUAUUUGAAGAUCCGUCAGUAUAUGCUAGAUAUGUCUCUGUAUGAUUCCUGUUACCAAAUCGUUGGACUGGUGGCUGUAGGUCAAUCUUUACCUCCCAGUGCAAUCACUGAGAUCAAACUUCACAGUAACAUGUUUAUGUUCAGAGCAAGUUUGGACUUAAAAUUAAUAUUCCUAGAUUCCAGGGUGACUGAAUUAACUGGAUACGAGCCCCAAGAUCUGAUAGAAAAAACCCUCUACCACCAUGUUCAUGGCUGUGAUGUGUUCCAUUUACGAUACGCUCAUCAUUUGUUGCUGGUGAAAGGCCAAGUCACAACCAAGUACUAUCGACUGCUGUCCAAGCACGGAGGCUGGGUUUGGGUGCAGAGCUACGCUACCAUUGUGCAUAACAGCCGUUCAUCACGGCCUCACUGCAUAGUGAGUGUCAAUUAUGUCCUUACAGAUAUUGAGUAUAAGGAACUUCAAUUGUCACUGGACCAGGUUACCAUUUCUAAAUCACAGUUUUCAUGCCGAAACUCAGUAUCUACCUCGCAGGAAACAAGGAAAAUAGUAAAACCAAAAAGUAAUAAAAUGAAGGCAAAACUCAGAACAACGCCUUAUCCACAACAGCAAUACAGCUCAUUCCAAACAGACAAACUGGAAUGCAGCCAGGUGGGAAACUGGCGAUCCAGCCCUGCAGUGAAUGCUGCCACCAUUCAAGAACAAAACUUCCAUUCAGAAAACAGUGAACUUUUAUAUGCCCCAUCAUAUAGCUUGCCUUUCUCUUACCAUUAUGGACACUUCCCUGUAGAUUCUCAUGUCUUCAGUAGCAAAAAGCAAAUGCUGCCGUCAAAGUUUGGGCAGUCUCAAGGAGCACCUUGUGAAGUGGCUCGAUUUUUCCUGAGUACGCUGCAGACAAAUGGAGAAUGCCAGUGGCAUUAUGCCAACUCCUUGGUACCCAACAGCCAGUCACCAUCCAAAAAUCUUCCUGAUCAGCCAGUGAACAUCAUCCGGCAUAAUCUCGCACAGAGUUAUGAAGUGCCCAUAUCAAGCAGAAGAUACAGCCAAGAUGCUCUGUCUGACAGCUUUACAAGCUGCUCAGCAUCCAUGCCAGGCAGCAGAUACAAAGAAGAGAUUUAUGAAUCUGGCAUCAUGAAAGCCAACAAAAUAGAAACCAGGGCUCAGCCACCUCACCACCUCAUUAAAGAAGAAAACAAAUCAGCUUUUAACAGAGACCUACAAGAAAAAAUGAGCAUUAAUGACAGUUCUUUUUCAAACUCCAUAGCUAACUCCCUGCUGCCAAAAUCAGAAUGUUUCCAGUCUAAAGCUAUAGGACAAUUAAGUCAUCUCCUGCCAAUGCCCUCAGUGUAUGAGCAAACAAGAAGGAUUUGUAUGAAGGAACCCAAAUACGGGCAUAUCAGUCACCACGCUACAAAUCUGGAUGAGCUGGACAGCGACGAGAGAAUGACUGUAAAGCUCGAUCAUGACUCUGAAAGUGAACGUGUGAUGGAUGUGAGACCCUCUGGACAAGUUCCGUUUGUGCUUCUAAAUUAUCACCAUGUUUUAGCCAAACAUGGUACAUUUCAAACCUCAUCAUGUACAGCAACAGGACAUGUAGGAGAAAAUUAUGGAUACAAUUCCGAGGAAGUAAAUACAUUUAUUUACAAAAACCAAAGCCCUUCAUCAGCUUCUUCUCCAGAAAGCCACAAGGAACCUGCACUACCCCAUUAUAUUGGAACUUCUGUAAUAAUAGCCAAUGGAAGGUGA